GCUCAGUGCAGGAACAGACUUCAUGGUGGUUUUUAACCGCUCACACAGCUGUUUUACAUGUAUAGGAGAGCCUAGACUUGAAAGGGGAGAGAGAGGGGGAACACCAUGCAGCAAAUGGCCCCAGGUCGGAGCUGAACCCGUGGGCGCUACGCGGAGGAUUAAACCCCUACACAUGGGCGCCCGCUCUACCAGGUGAGCCACCCAGGUGCCCUGCAAUUUGUAUCUUUAUAAUUUUAUUAGACCAGGUUCAUUUAGUGGGGUUGCGCGGUGUAUGAGACAUUCAUUGAGAGUUAACUAUGGCCAACCAUGGGAUUAAUCUCGAUUAGAAAUGUUAUGUGCUCUGUAAUCCCAAACAGUUGUACUAGCUCAUAAGUAAUAAGGUCAUAACAGUCAAAUGUCGUUAUGCAGUUGACCAAACUAUAAAGUGUUGAGGUCUGUUGAGAUUUAUGCCACUUUAAUUGAAGAGGGCUCAAUAUUUUAUAGGUAAUUUGUGUGGAACGCUCAAAAAGUUUAGGUAGUGUCAUGACGUUAUCGACGUCAUGACGUUCUGGUGGGUGGGUCAUCUCUCCCUCAGGAAAGCUGAGUCAGCCAUCUUGAAUUCCUUGAUGCGGGGAUGUUUGGGCCGCCCGUGUGGAUGUGGAACACAGUUUAAUUUGUUUUAAUUUGUUUGCAAUGCGCACUUUUAUGCUGCCCGCUUGAAACCACCACCACCUCCGUUUUUAUCAUUAGUCUUAUUGCCCUCGUUUUCUUAAGCGCCAUCUUAUCAUCACCUCUGAUUUGGUAAGUAACUCUAAUGUUGUUUUUGUUGUUUUUUUUUUAAAUUGAAUUUCUAUAGUCUUAAAUGUGGAACUGGGAAUACAUUUGUACAAUGUGCACAGUGAAUAUUUGUUGUAAAUAGUUUAAAAAUCCAAGUAAUUGUAACUUUAGAAGUUGUUAAAUAUGUGACAAAUACCUUACGUUACUUCAUCUUACAACGGUGUAACGUUAUCGGCGGGUUUACUGGAUGAACUACAUUUCCCAUAAUGCAUGUUUGCCCGGGACAUUGACGGUGGAGGAAAGUCCAUGAGUUUUCGCUGUUCGCCGGCAAUGCAAGUGCGUACUGCUCAAGUGUGUGGUUGUGAGAUCAUCUCGAAAUCCUUUUAACAGUUCAGAUAUCGGACUACAAAGAGUGCUACAAAGAGCCAGCUUUUCACCAUCAGACAGGUGUUGAUAGGAAUCAAAAGAUGGCUGCUGCCCAGAAGCAUGUACUGCGUGUGUAUGUUGCACGAGACACCGCCCUGAAACUUACUCUACUUGAGCGACCAAAGUCAGUAGAGGAGCUGAAAGAAAUAAUGCAAGAGAGGUUCAAGCCGAGACUGGAUGGGGACUUUAGCCUGCACUAUGAGGAUCCGGACUUUGAUGGUGAUCUUUGUCUUCUUGUGGACAUUCAGGAGUUACCAGAGAAGGGCACAUUGAGAGUCGUCAGACCUGAAGGUGACACCUCAUCUACUGCAUCUACUGCAUCUUCUGACACAGACAUUCUCCCACAUGUACCUGCGUUACAGCGCCAGAAGAGUUGGCCUGAUCACUUUGUUGUUCCUGGUUUUGGUUAUGAAAUGGAGCAUAUACUAGAAGAAGGAAAUCGCGUUUAUGAAGAAUCAGGAAAAUUGCUGAAGUUAAAGAGGUCACAGAAGAGUGAAAUCCUUAAAAAAAUGGCAGAAACGAUCUACAGUUUUAAACCAUACCCACAUGAAAAGGAAUUGGCAAUGGCUGCUCAAGCUUUGAUUACAGCUCAUCCAUGUCUCAGAAUGACGGCUGGUGAAGACGGGGAGUUGGGAUGGAAACGUCACAUAGGGUACAAGGUUGCGUCUUACCGUAACAAUCUGGCCAAAGCUGGGGUUGCAGAAGUAGCCAUCAACACAGGGAGGCGGAGCCGAAACAACCCUGACAAUGAUCACCCCCAUCAAAACAUAAAGAAAGCUUGAAAAGCUGAGGUCAACUACAUCAUCAACCUACCGAAGGAUCAAACCCCAGCCACUCUGGAAACAAUGAGAGAAGAAAUCAUACAUGAAGUCGAAAAGACUGAGAGAAACCAAUUAGUCAUAGGCAAGCUCAUGAACACAACCUAUGCCCUUCGUCGCCAAGAAAUCGUUGGAGCUCUUGUAGCUCCACGGGUGAGAGACGUCGUGGACAGAUGGCCAGCCCUACUUAUGGAGUCACAGGUGUUUGCAGAGUUCCACCGAAUCAACAACGUUAACCUGCGCAAUCAAUUCUACAAGGAGCUGGACAGACACGCGCCUAAACUCAUCACCUUGUUCAGAGACAAGGGCACCAAGACUGGCAAGAUAGCGGAGGAGCUAGCCAAGCUCAUGAGGAUUUAUGAGCUUCAGGAACAACGUGAUGUAAAUAUGAGACGGGCCCUCGUCCUUCGUGCACUUCCUGUGUACCUGCGUGAAGAUGCCUCCAAGUUUUUCAGGACCUGUAAUUCAGCAGAUGGUCCAGACCUCACUGACACUCCGGUGGCUCUCCUGACAGUUGUCACUGAUGAUACUACUGAUACGGCCCUCUUCAGCCCUGAGAGCAUCUGUAUUGUCGUGGAAGAUGAAAUACUUGUGAGUGGUCCCACAAACCUGGCUGACUCAUUUCUCCUGCUCUUUGGGUAUGUCUAUGCACUAGACCUACAGUACCCAAAGAAUCUCGAGCUUACAUUCACAUUUAUCCAAAAAGUUGUGAUGUGUCUUGAGGACAACAAACAAACCACUGAAAGGGCAUAUACACUGAGGACAGCACGCAGGGUGAUCAGAGAGAUGAUCCACCUGGACAUGUAUCACUUGUUGGAACUGCUGCUGCUGUGCCGCUCAGGACUCCAGGCUGAAGGAGAACAAGCCUCAACAGGCCUGACAAGUUCACAAUGUCUGUGUGUGUCUGUGUUUUCAGACCUGCUGCUUCAGCCCAACAUCUCUGUGUCCUCCAUGAACGGGGUCUCUGAGGCCCAGCAGCAGGGGUUCCAGGUGUUCAGGGGCUCCACCUUCACCAUCAGCUGCUCCAUCCAGCCACAGUACCCAGGAGGCUCCUUCCAGCUCACCUUCACCUCCGCCAACUCAGCACACAACUCCACCCAGCCAGCUGUCAAUCACUCUGCCAACUUCCUGUUUCCUGCUGCAGAGCCCUCCCACCAAGGAACAUACAGCUGUGUUUAUCACCUCUAUGUUUUCUCUCAUAACUUCUCCUCUGAAAGCCGUCUGCUCUCUCUCACCAUCUCAGUCUGGAUCUGCUCUGAGGGAAUGUGUAGCAUCAUCUUCCUCUUCCUCCAUCCUGAAUCUCAGCUGCUCAGGCUCUGUCAGGCUGGUGAAUGGGAGCAGUCUGUGCUCAGGCAGACUGGAGGUGAAGACAAACCAGUCUACCCAGCACUGGUCCUCAGUGUGUGA